GGCAACUCAAGCUUGAUACUAUGGGACGCAGAUGAAGAUAAAAACACCGACACGCGCCGGCCAUCAGCUUAUCUGCCAUCUAGGAGGCUCUGCGCUCAAACACAGGACUCAAAGCCGACCGCUUGGAUAUAGGCGGCCAGCCUGCCCCGCUUAUCUGCGUCCCCGGAGCAGCCGCGAGUUUCGCAGCAAUGGAGGAUGACUUUCAGCUGUUCUCUUCUCUGCGCUAUGACCCGGCGCUGCUGCACGCGCCCGCCAGCAAUUUAACUCAUGCUGGGUGGAAUUGGAAUAACUCUUCGCCCUUAUACAUGCUUGAUUACCACAGGGACCGCAUGCUACUAGCAGCCACUCAUUGGGGCUGGGAUGCCGCCGUUGGGGUUCUUGAGGGCGAUGCCGGUCUGAAAAGGUUAAGGGAUUUCAUCAUGAGCAGCGUUGGGGACAACCAACCAACCCCAAUAAGAGUGAGGGUGGCCGUCACGAGAGAAGGGGAGUUGAGUGUAACUUUCGGUCCGGUUCCAGAAACACCCCUCGCGAAUCUCUUCCCAGAGCAGCUUCCGCCUCCUGGAGAAACACACAGCAAUGGGUUGAGCGGACAUAUUCCGACUAAAGCAACAGAGUACCAAGUCUUGGUGGAUGGCGUUAGGGCAGCCUGGACAAAGCACAGCCACUUCAAGACGACGAAGCGAGCGGUGUAUGACGUGGCUCGGCAACGGGCGCAGAUCAACCUUCACGACAAGGAGGUUCUGAUCAUCAACGAGGCGGACGGUACUGUGAUGGAAGGCUCCACGACCACUCCUUACUUCUGGAGGGAGGGCAAGUGGGUCACUCCCGCUGUGAGCAUGAAGCAGGGCCCCGACAAGGGGAUUGGCGGCCAGAACGGCACAUCGAGAAGAUGGGCGCUCGAGAGGGGGCUCGCCGUUGAAGAUACCGUCCUGGCAAGCUCGCUGAGGGACAGCGAGGAGUGCUGGUUGAGUAAUGGUUUCUCUGCCAGCCUCCAGAAAGCCACCGGUCUGCCCUCCAUGGACGCGAAGUCUCUGCACAAAGUGAAGGCCAUUCCCAACCAGAACUACAAGCGCCAUGGCACCAAAUCCUAUGUCUACCUGCUGAACCGCUUCGGGUUCCAACCCACCAAGCCUGGCCCCUACUUCCAGAAGUUUGUCAAGCCCAGCGCCGGCACAACCCCCGGCAGGGCCGCGCCAGGUGUGAAGCCGGGCCUGGUGUGGGAAGGCUUGUACAAGAAGACCAAGGACCAAGAGCAAGGGGAAGUCACUGCGGAGGACCAACAGAACGAUGCCGAGUACCUGUGCGAGGUCUCAAUUGGCACUGAGCCUCAGAAGGUCCUCCUAGACUUUGACACCGGCUCUGCUGAUCUCUGGGUAAGCGAGAAGAGCUUCUCGCCCAAAAAAUCAUCGACCUUCAAGCUACAGAAAGGCAUGACCUGGAGGAUCCAGUACGGCGAUGGGAGCUCGGCCUCGGGCACCGUUGGGACGGAUGUCCUCACGGUUGGCGGUCUUGCCAUCAAGAACCAGGCCAUCGAAGUGGCGAACCAGAUGUCUGCCCAGUUCAGCCAAGGCAGCAUGGAUGGCCUCCUCGGCCUUGCAUUCAGCAAGAUUAACACCGUCCAAUUGAACGGCCAACCGGCACCCCAGCCCACUCCUGUUGAAAACAUGAUCUCCCAGGAGGACAUUCCUAAAGACGCGGAGCUCUUUACGUCCGCAUUCUACAGCUCCCGGGACCAGGGAGAGAAGUCGUUCUACACGUUCGGCUGGAUCGACCAGGACCUGGUGAAGGAGUCCGGCGAGGAGAUCGCCUGGACAGACGUCGACACCUCGGAAGGCUUCUGGAUGUUCCCGAGCGAGAGCGCGACGAUCAACGGCCAGAAGAUGACGCUGUCCGGCAACAAGGCGAUCGCCGACACUGGCACCACGCUGGCGCUGGUUUCGGACGAAGUCUGCGAUGCGCUGUACGCCCAGAUCAAGGGCGCCUCGUACUCGGAGGAAUACCAGGGCUACAUCGUCCCCAAGACCAUCACGGUCGCCGACCUCCCAGACUUCAGCGUCGCCGUCGGGGGCAAGGAGUUUGUGAUCCAGAAAGAGGAUCUGCUCUUUGCGCUAGCCGACGACAACAAUUGGUACGGCGGCGUGCAGUCCCGCGGGGAGAACCCGUUCGACAUCCUGGGCGACACCUUCCUCAAGUCGAUCUAUGCGAUUUGGGACCAGGGCCACAGCCGCUUCGGUGCCGUCCCCAAGAUCGAGAAGACGCAGAACAUUACUCCUCCUUCUGAUGAGCAGUAGCCCCAGACGUCAACGCCUCGCUAGGCGGAACGGCGACUUUCGGCAUGUUACUUGGCUGAACCACGGCGUUCGAAUAUACCGACACUAGGGCAAUAAUUGGUUCUACUAACAGAUUCUGUCCUGACUUUUCAGUCACUUGCUCUGCUUGUUUUGCUUUUCCGUUGAAGCCUAGAAUUGUUGGAGAGUGUUUGGGUGGGGGAGUCAAACUCAGCCGAGUCCACGUUCCUUGUACUGGUAGUGUGGUAUUGUUAAGCUCUUUACGACGAGAUGAAAUAACGAGCCUGUAUUCUUUUC